UUUUUUUUUUACCCUGUAAGUGUAAACGGAUAGGAUAAUAUAGAUAGAGAGGAUAGAGCGAGUGGAGCAAGCUCAGCUCCGCCGAACAUGGCGACUCCUCUUUCUUCCUUGUGCUCUUCGCUCGUCCCCAGACCUCUUUCCCUCGAACAAUCCCUUACCUCUUUACCUUUCACCAAAAUCCACUUUAACUUUCUCUCUCUUACUCCCUCUCUCUCUUCCCACAGGCUCAUCUCCUCCUCGUCUCCAAGAUUACCCACAUUGUCAUUUGUCCCUAAAUCCUCAGAAACCGAACCCGCCGUCUUAGAAUCCGAACCGGAUAUCGAAACCCUACCGAAGGAGCAGGUGGAGUCCGCCCUUAAAGAAGCCAGUCGCGAGGAGAUCUUUGGGGUUGUUCAGGUUGGAGGUCGACAAUUUUUCGUGAUUCCCGGGCGGUAUAUCUACACUCAGAGGUUCAAAGGUGCAAAGGUUAAUGAUAAGGUAAUUCUGAACAAGGUUUUGUUGGUAAGUUCAAAAACAAAGACUUGGCUCGGACUGCCGCUGGUACCUAAUACAGUUGUACAUGCUGUUAUUGAGGAGCAGGGGUUGAAUGACAAAGUCAUUGUCCAAAAGUACAAGAGGAAGAAGAACUAUAGAAGAAAGAUCGGGCACCGACAGCCAAAUACGCGGUUAAGGAUAAUUGGCAUCACGGGGUAUGAAAAUGAACCGUACCUGUCGCUUCCAGAACAUAUGAUACCCCAAAAAGUCUGACUUUGUGUUGGCCGUGGGAUGCAUUCCUCGUGAGGUUUUUUCUUCUUUCAUGUUUCUUGGGAGGAUGUGUAAUCUCCAACAUGUUCUGGAAGUGGUAUUGGGUCGGUUUCACAAUCUUGAGUACCAUUGUAUCUCUUUUAUGGCACUAUUAUCAAACCUCCAAGGCUAUUGGUCAAUGUUUAGAGGUUGUAUGAAUCUUUUUUCCUUUUUCAGUACUAAAUAUUGUUGCAGAUGGAUGGCCCUUGGGCGUGCUAUUGCGCCCAAGUGUGUUUGGAAUACAGAAUCAAAUUGCGUGA